CCAUGUCCACUUCGUCUCGACUUCAGCUUCAAUUGCACAAUUUGCCAGAGGACAUUCUAUUCAAAAUUGGGUCCUUUCUUCUUCCACUGGAUAUUAUUCGCCUUCGCCAGACCGCGAAAUGGACACGCGAUUUUACUUCACACCGGACGUUCUGGACGUGUUGUUUUCGAAAUUCACCUCUAUUCUUGCCACCGGUGAAAUUGGAACAUCAGGAGAACGUGACACUUGAGCGUCUUCUCAUACGGGCUCAGCGCCUGGAUGCCUACUGGGAUGGAAAUGUACACCAGAUCAAGCAUCAACGUCGUUUACCUUUUCAAUUAUCGAGAGACGGGAUCAGAGCCAUCGAGCUUUAUCUUGGGCAAUAUCUUCUCGUUGGGUUCUUCUCAGGUUUCUCCCUCUUUGAUCUUGAUCGCGUCGAUUGGGAUACGCCAAUAUUCCAUAUUUCAGAGGACAGGGUUAGAUUCGCAUACCGCACUGGCUAUAAUCGUAGGAGUAAUUCUCAUUACUCUGGAGAAGUAUACAUCCCUAUAAUAAGGAUGGACAACUCACCAGAAUCCUCAAUUGUCUUGUGGCAGCUUCGAACAACUCAGUACCCACCGUUAAUCAAGAUUGAUAACAUUUCUAUCAAUUUCUCUGUAGCCUCAUCGGCGUGGGUGGCUCACGGAUUUUUGAUCUAUCACUUGGGGCAGACCUCCUCGUCCUACCCCCUCGUCUACCACAUCACAACACAGAAACGAUACCAAUUCGAAUCAGUGAGCCAACAUAUCAGUCAAACCGUCUGGACGAACCACAUAUACCACCACGAAUAUAUUCCUACCGCUCGUUACAUCCUCGCCAUGCACAUCGGCUAUCAGGAGACGAUACUCGAAGCAUUUCGUGUAUCAAAUGCGGACAUGCUUGUUCGGACCCACUUCGGUGUUUGUCCGAAAGGUCUUACAGAGCCCGCUCUCAUAUCUUCAGUUCCCGAGGAAGUCGACCUGAGUUCUGGUACCGUCAUCACUCUUAGCUUAGCGGCUAUUUUUCAUCAUGACGGUCUGCAAGCGUUUCGUGCCUUUCUUCACAGAAACGGAACAAUUUCCUUUGAGCUCCCCUCUGCGAAAGGCUCGUCAUCUUACAGUUUGACUGUCUCAUCUAAUCUUCAUGAACGAGCGAGGGCAGCCUCUCGCUCAGCCAAUUCGACUAUCACCCUACAUCUUCAUGAUAUUGAUUUUCGAAAGAGUAGUGACGAGCCAACAGAAGCUGUAGGGGUUUGUCCAAGCUCAAUCGUAGUUCCAGAGUUGGCCGAUGGCGUCGACCACGCAUGGGACGGGUUCAAAGGCCGUUUGUGUAUUCAGAACGAUUCGCACGUCGAUAUCCUCGACUUCGUAUGACUCGCGUCCACUGGUAGAAAAGUACCACCUGUCUUUGUAUAGAAGUAUGUUACCGUGGUUGGCUUUUAAAUCUGUGGAAAUC